GGGCACUCCCAUCAAAAGCCUCGUGCCAUGUGGAAAUCAAUCUUGCACUCUUUGGAGAUGGCAGCUCCAAAACCAUGCCCCAUCUACCGCAACUCUGCACGGAUGAAGUUACUUCACGAGUCAUCUCCCGAAUACCAAACAUUCUGCAAUACCUCUUCCAAUGCUCUUGAGUCUACUAAGACUGGAGCUGGUUGUUCAUCUGCACUUGAAUCCAACAUCCUCAGCCCAGACUAUGAUGAUACCAGUCUUGCAGAUAUUAAUCACAAGAUAACCCAGGGCACCACAAACCCAAGCUUCAGUGCAUUUGUCAGCAAAACUAAAGACCAACCAACUUAUACUCGAUUUUACUCCAGUUUAGAUGAAAAUCCGGAGCUAGAUGAUCCUCCCAACUUUGUGGUGCCCCAUGGAUAUGGGCUGGAGUAUCAUGGCUGCCUCACUCGAGCCGAGUGUGAGAAAGCCCUACUACAUGAUGGGGAGUACCUGGUCAGACAAAGUUCCUCUAGGAAAAAUGCUGACCAUCUUAUUUUGAGCUUAAGAUUUGAUGGAAAACUGAAGCAUUACCAACUAUACUAUCAAGCAGAAAAUCAAAGCUUCAGCCUUGGCAGCAAAGAUCGUGAGAGAUUUGAGUCUGUGCAGGAUCUGGUGGCCAAAGGUCUAGUGACACUCUUCCUAGACUCGCGCGCUGCACAGUUCCUGCAGCAGCAACAACUUUUCAAUACAUCAGAUUUCCAGAAGCCUAUUGAAGAAACUGAUGAACAAAACUUGUUAAGCCAAACUCAACGUAGAAAAGCUAAGAACUAUAUUAAUAGUAAGAAAAAAGUUCCUCAAUUAAAUGCAUGCCUGGCUUGUGGAUCUGCUGUAGAUGUUGCAGUGACCAGUAACAAUUCCACGACCAAAGUUUCUCAAAUGUGUGAAACUUUUUCCAGUCCGUCUUCCACAGCUAAUGGCACCUUGAAAACAAUAGGAAAUCAUGCAACAUGUAAAAAAUGUACCCCUAAAGACCAAUUAUUUUAUUCAAAAAAUCAAAGCAUCAAUUCGAAUAAAAAUGAAGAAAUCUCAAUUCCCAUAUCUACUCAUGAUGAGACAGUCAAUCAGAGUGUCGAAAUAGAAUCAAGCUUUGAACUGGCUGGUGGGAAGUCAGAUAACUUGUGUGAUACUUUCCCUGAAGAAUCAACCAAGUCUAGUGAUGCAGUGGUUACUGGUGUUGAUGUGAAGUACUCGGAGACACCAUACUAUGAGGUGACGCGGAGCCUCAGGCGCUAUCAUGAUGGCCAACACAAGCUUGCAGAAGAUGCAGCCAGCACCGCCAUGCUUGCUACAUCUUCUGACAAAGAGAAGGGAAUUAUUCCGUCCAAAAGUGGUGCAGAUGUUACAUGUUCAAGCAAGGACAUCCACAUCACUCGGCGCAUGAGCAAGUAUUGGAUUUUUGGUGGCAAAAAGGAUGCAGCAGGACAAGCUGGAGACGCUCCAGAUGACGUCACUGGCAUCCCUCAUCAGUUCAAAGUACACAACUUCCACUUCUCCUGGUGUUCGAUCUGCGCGCACUUCUUGUUCGGCGUGCGUCGUCAGGGCGUGCGCUGCGUCACCUGCAAACUGGCGGCGCAUCCUUCGUGCGCCCGCGCGCUGCCGCCUGACUGCGUGCCACAGCUCGCCCAGCUCAAUGGUAUAUUUGGCAAGGACUUAUCCACGCUGAUGGGAACAGAUCCUUCUGUGGGCGUGUGUGCGGGAGCCUCGCUAACUCCUCCCCCCCUCGACCUCUCACUGCUUGACAUCAAUGCUGUGGCUGGCGUGCUGAAGCUCUUCCUUCGUCAGCUUCCUCUGCCUCUCAUCACAGCUCUCUGCUUCUCUGUUCUCCUGCACGCCUAUGAAUCUGAAGAGGAUGAAGAGCAGCUGCAGUUACUACAGUCUGCCCUGCUGCUGCUGCCUGCAGCUCAUUACCACACGCUGCUGCUGCUGCUCCAACAUUUCAAUAAAAUAAUCGACGAAGGCGCCGUGAACAAGAUGUCAGCGACGAGUCUGAGUGUCGUGUUCGCCCCCACGCUGGUGCAGCACGACCCUGCCGCUGCACUGCUGCUGCAUGCGUCCCCUCCAGUGCACAAGCCUCCUGUGCCUGCAACCGUGGGGGAUGAGUCUUCCAGGAGUGCGGCGGUGGCAGCUCGUCGUCACCUCGUCACCUUCAUCGACGACGAGCCCACGAUGCUCUGUGACGCCAUCAAAUCAUCGUCCCACGUCGCCGAGAUCGUCGUAUCUUCGUCUCCAGCGACCCAGGAGUCUCAUUUAGAAGAAGCAGAGUCUUCUCAUUUCAAUUCUUCUUCGGUGACGUCGUCGGAAAUUAUUGAGAGAAUCGGGCCGUCAUCAAAGCUUAAUAACGAUUCGCUUUCAUCCUCUUACACUCCUUUUCCUGAGCCGUACAGCCACCUUAACGGGCCUGACGUUAGUCAUGAACUGCCAAAAAGGACCAGUUCAUCGUCGCCUAACGUACUUGUGAACAACACGACUUGCAUCCUGAAGGACACAGUGAUGGAGAACUCUGCCCAGAACACAGUGAACAAUGGCUUAUCUUAUGAGGAAACUCAAGACUUGGACAAAUUUAAUGGAAUCAAGGCUGAUCACAGCACCCAUACCAACGGCUACCCGCGACCUUCAGGUGGUCACAACAAACCUGAACCUCCCUCAGUUCCGUAUACCUCGGCCAAUUUAAACGCGGGUCUCACUGCUGAAGAUGUAAGAAAUGUCAAGAAUGUGUCGAUCUCAUCGCCUUUGUCUGGAGCUGACGCUGGUAUGAGCAGCGUCAGGAGAUCACCUGACAUCUGCGGUGCUACGAGCUUGAGCGCCAGUUCGUUCCUGACGCCCGAUCAGCUGCUAUGCAUGAAGCAUGCCGCCCUCGAGCCUAAAGUCAUCGAGAUGCUCAUCAAGAGCUACAGGAAGAUAUUUUAG